AUGAUGAGCCCCUGUCUGGCUCGCUCUGUCACCAGGACCCUCUCAACUGUCUCUGUCAUUAGCUCUAUCGCUGCCUCCGCCUCUUUCUUCCUCUCCAGCAUCUCUCUCGCUUUCUCUGCCCGACGCUCUGCAACUUCGCUCUGUCUCUGCCGGCGCAGGAGGGGAGCAAUUGCGAGGACUUUGAACCCUCCGAACAGGAAGAGGGGGACUGUUGUGGCAUAGAAUACAGCUCCAAUGGAAGGUGUUUUGGAGACGGUAACACUGGUGGUGAAUGUCAUUCCAGCUCUCACCAGUCGCAGUGUUAGCUGAACUCCCUCGCUGCCCACCGACACCCUCCCUCCCAACCUUGUCAACUUUGUUAUUUCAUUCUCGACUCCGUAGAACAUGGCCACACCCCCCGUCCCGAUCCUCACUCCACUCUGGUAGAGAUAAGCUCCGUCUGGGUUAUAGUGGACCCUCCCCUCCACCCGAGAGGCGUCAAACCCCACCUCCGUCUCCCCCACCACGUUCACAGUCUGAGACAACUGGUGAGCCAUUUUUGCCGACACUGCGUUCCCAGUAUCUUUGACAGUGAGAGAUGCAGAGGUGGUGUUGGUCAGUCGUCGCGUGGCUGAGCCCGUCAUGUUCAGUAGGGGCCCCAGGGGUGUCAGAGAACACUGAGUGUUGCUGGUGAGGUACAUGGAGUCACUGAUGUUGUGGUAUGUCUCCAGAGCCAGGGCUGGGAGACUGCCCAGGAGAGUUGUAACCUUGACCCAGUUCUGUGACGAGAGGAUGUAGCGAAGGGACACCUGGAGACCUCCCAGCAGGUACUUGGGGCCUGCCACCACUGUUCCACCCACGGUGGAGAAGGCAGAGCGAGUGAUCUGUGCAUCAACAGACUGCGAGGCUGACAUCUUGCUGACAAACACCAGUGGCUGAUGAGGAGAGCUCGCUCCAUCCAGUAGGCGACUGGCGUCAAUCUUCAUGGAGAAACUGCCCUGUGGGUUGGCCUCCUGGACGUACGUCCGCUCCUCCCACAGCUUCUUGAGUUUCUCGUACUCCUCCAGGAGCUCUGUGGGCAGUGUCGUCCGCUCGAUGAGCGCCAUGUCCGCCUCCACGCCUUUCUUCCCGCUCCUGUCGUAGAUGGCCCUCUUCCGAGGGUCGCUGAGGACGCGGUACGCCUCCUGAAUCCGGUGGAAGAACACGCUCGCCGUCUGCUGCUUCCUGGGAUCCUGGUGCCUGGGUGAUAGAUACGACAGAGACGGCGGUACGCCGAGCGGAUCUCCUCGGGCGUGGCCCGCACGUCCACGUUGAGGAGAGUGUAGAACUCAUUCUCGUCCUCUUUCUCCAACUCUGCUAGCUCUCGCUCCAGCUCUGCGUCCUCGUAAGCCGUCGACAUGUUGGCAUGGGUGGGCUCCAAUUAGAAAGUUGCGCACUAAAUAGAAAUCGCCGACAAACUACUCUCCUCAUUUUCAUGCAUUCUCAAUUUCGCUAAAGCUGCCAAUUCAUAGUCUUUACUUGUGCAUCCAGUAAAAUAUAUCCCUCUGCUGGAAUGAUCUAUGAAAGAAAUUUUGUCCUUCGAUGUGUUGCUAUGGACGGUUUGUUUGGUCGUCAGGUGCUGCUUAUUUAGAAAACAUGUCGGGUCUGAGAAAGCAGUGGGGGAUGCAGGGAGAGCAGGGCUACCGUCCCUUCAAUCCCACACCUGUGAAGGCUAGGCCAAGAAAUGGAGCUGCUGAGGACCACAGCUACCACCUGCUGAUGCUGCAGGAGAGAAACAGACUGCUGAAGAGGCUGAGCCAGAAGGGGCAGAGGGAGGUGGAGAUGGAGAGGAAGGAGCAAGGCUUCUCUCUCUACCUGAAUGGAGCCAACACUGCUCCUCAUCAUCAUCAUCAUCGGAGUCAGCCCCGAUCCUCUGCCAUGACAGACGACCAACAACACCCUUCACCCCAGUCUCAGAGCAGACCUUCACGGACUGCUGCUAUUGUUAGGCAUUAUUCUGGUGCCAACAUUACUUUACUGCAGGUGGGGUGGAGAAAGAGUCACCUGAUCAAGAGGGGAGGUCGAGAACAGCUCCGUCCAGGAAGAGUUGGAGCCACGAGACAGUGGUACUCAGAACAGAGGACGGCCAGACUCUCCCCGUCUCCGCUCCAGGUAUUGUCAGCGGUUGCUAUGACGAUGACUUUGAGUCGAGUGCUGCGGAGAUGUCAGAGGAAGAGAGUGUUACAGAGAUGGAGAGUGGGGGAAGAGAGGGGGGGAGAAAGAGAGAGCAGCGAGGCUCACAGCACGGAGGACGAAGAACUGACAGAGAGUUUGCAGGAGCUGAGUCAGCAGGUCUCUAGUCUGGAGAACACCCUCACCACCAGUGGCAGUCAUCAGGACUCACUAGUGGAGGGGAGACAGAUCUCUGCGGAGACUGAGUCACUAGUGGAGGGGAGACAGAGCUCUGCGGAGACUGAGCGUCAAGAGACAGCAUUGAGGAAGAGGACAGAAGCAGUGUGGCAGAAGCAGGGAAAGAAGUGGAAGAUGGAGAUGGAGUUAUUACAGAACAACAACAAGAAGAGCAGUUCACCUCAGUCUCCCAUGAACAGAGGCAGCUGCUGGAGAUACUCGACACACUCAGCUCUGAGACCACACCCACUGCCACGCCCACCUCCACCCCACACUGGCUCCAGCCUCAAUCAAAACUUCCUGAAUAUCCUCAUUUUCUUCCUCCUCUUCUGCCUCCCAAUAAGAGACCCAGUCAGUACACGAUCCACAGGCCUGCGAGGGGAGAUUGCCACGAGAACCCUCGUUUCUGAGACUAACGAGUCAAGCCUGUUGAGAGACCAGUCCACUGGUGGAAUGGGGGAUUCUCGUGCUAGUAAUCGACUGUACCGGUCUGGCAGUGGUCGAACUAGUGGUAUUCGUGGUCAGCUUCUCUCCAGAGCUCACAGUGAUCAUGCCAUUGGCACCAGCUGGUUGGGAGACCAGCCGGCCAGACUGACUGGAGUUAGGGGAGCUCUCCACUCACCAGGCCACACCUCCAGUGAACCUGACAUACUCCACUGUCCCCGUUCCAGACCACACACUGUGGUCCUGGAACCUGGACCCAACAGAAUGGAACCUGGAUCUCUACCUACCUGGGAGGCAGAAAUAAAUGACUCUGACCCCCUGCCAUUACUGACUGAUGAGUCACGUGACUCCGCCCAUUGGCCACACCCAUCUCCAGACCUCAAUGAGAGUCUGGAGGCUCUCUCGUUCUUUGACCACACCCACCAGGGCCAGCUCGGGUCAACCACUGGAAGACUGAGGGAAUCGCUCAUUGACCCAAAACCCACUGAGACGGAACCUCUCUCUCCCUCCCCACACCCCGAGGGUUCCCCGAGAGAGGAGGAGGAGGGAGGGUACUCCACUCCAGAGCUGCCCACAGGCCAGGAGCUGGUGCUAAACCUCCUCACCACAUGGGGAGACCAGUUCUACAUCGGCCUCACCGGACUGGAGAUCUUCACCGCCUCUGGCGAGAGAGCCUGCAUUGAUCAGAUAUCUGCAGAUCCUGCUGAUAUCAAUGUUCUUCCGGGAUAUUCCAGAGACCCGAGAGUGGUGAGCAAUCUCCUGGACGGAGUGCAUCACACGAACGACGACCUGCACAUGUGGCUGGCUCCCUUCACACCCUCACAACCUCACACCAUCACCAUCUCCCUCUCUUCCCCAACCUCCCUCGCUGUCGUCAGAGUCUGGAACUACAACAAGUCUCGGAUCCAUUCCUAUCGUGGGGUACGGGACAUGGAGAUGUGGCUGGACCAGCAGCUCAUCUUCAGAGGAGAGAUCAGAAGGCAAGCCCUUGUCAUUCACUCCCUCCACGUACAGUACUGGUGGUCUGAGACUACUACACCAGGUGGGAGACGAGGCCAGGAAUAUUUGCUGGAGUUUGAACCUGAUUCUGAGAUCUGUGAGCUUGACUAUGACUACCCUUUAUUGGCCAUUGAAACAGAUCCUCCAGGGUGUAUUGAGGGACUGGUGUCAGCAUCUGAACUGAGGAGACUGUGGGAGAACAGAACUCUACCUGUACUCUACAGCAGUCCCGUGAGAGAGAUCUCACUGAGCUGUCCAUCACCCUCGAAUAUCUCAGGGAUAUUAGUGGGAGCUUACCCUUCAAUGAAUGGAGAUGGACUACCUCAAAUAUUUGUGGUGGACGGCGGUCGUACUUGCAAUGUCUCUACAGAACCUGUCACUGAAGGAGUCAAUGUGUAUGAGUGUGUGCUAGACCCUCCAGUUGCAGUAGAUGGAGAAGUCUCACUGACUAUCAGUCAGAGACAUGCAGGUAGUCAGAUUGGCUUCCUUCACGAUGGCCAGACUGACACUCCACUCAUCUCCCUGGGAUGUGGAGAGUGCAGCUCUAGUCAGCUACUGAGUGAGUCAGAGCUACUGGAAAUGACUGCUCUCUACAUCCCCUACAUCAUUGAGAGAGAAGAUGAUGAAUUUGAAUAUGAAGACCUGACCAUCACACAAAAUGGCAUCCUCUGCAGUGUGACUCCUGAACCAGUUGAAGCUGGAGACUUCAUUAGUAUUGUCUUGCCAGCUUACAGCAGUGCUCGACUGCUACUCAGUUUCCUCUUCAGCGAUAGAGGUCCAAUUGGCGAGAGUCUGGAUGGAAAUGGUGAUAUCAAAGAUAUUCCGCUCAUCACAUUGGGAGUGGACUCACAGUCCAGCAGUGACAAUACUGGAGUGAUAGUGGGUGCAGUGAUGGGUCUUAUACUGGCAGUCCUCCUGUUCCUGGCCGUGGUUCUCCUGCUAGUCUUCAUACUCUGUCGGAGGAAACGCACCAAGUACGACGAGAAAGAAGAGGAGAAGAGAGAGAUGACAGAGGAAGAGAGAGCAGCCAUGGACAACCCAGUCUACUCAGGAGGGCGUGACACGGAGUCUGGCAGACCUGAAGACAGAGGCAGCAACCACAUGUAUGAUGUCACCACCUCCCAACAACCCUCCUCAUCAACCAACAGUGGACAGGUCUACGACGUCCCUGACAAUACCCCCAGUAGUAAUGACGGGAGGAAGAUAAAUGAUUCAUUUGACAACCCGGGCUACUACUCCACCAUACACGAGUCCACAGCACCACAGACAACUCGCAGAUCGAUGCAAAUGUUGUCCAGCAACCACUACGAGAUGGCAAUCUACGUGCCAACAAAGGUACCGUGGUGCAACUCCCUUUUCCUCACAGUGAUAUGA